CACCACCACCCCGCCCUCCUCCUCCACCACCCUAACCCCUCCGCCCCCACACGCCUCCCUGCAUUCCCCCAAUGGCGGCCAUUACCACCACAACCGCGUCCUCCUCCUUCCUCCACCGCCGUAUCUCCUCGUCACCACCAACAACCACCAUCCCGCUCCCGCGUAGCCACCUGGUUCCCUUCCACGCGCGCAACCGGUGCCACUACAGGCUCACCUGCCGCGCCACCGAUGUGUCCGGGGCCGAGCCCUCGGCGCCACCAGAGACCGGUGGGGGCAACAGCUGGUUACCGGUGGUGCCGCUGGCGGCGCUCCCGCGGGGAGAGCGCCGUGUGAUCGUACAGGACGGCGAGGAGAUCCUGCUUCUCUGGUACAAGGAUGAGGUCUUCGCCAUCGAGAACCGCUCCCCGGCGGAGGGCGCGUACACCGAGGGCCUCCUCAACGCCAAGCUCACGCAGGAUGGCUGCAUUGUUUGCCCAUCAACAGAUAGUACCUUUGAUCUUCGCACUGGGGAAAUAAAAGAGUGGUAUCCGAAAAACCCUGUUUUAAGGGCUCUGACACCUGUAUUGAGAAAACUAUUCGUGUACCCUGCAAAAACGGAUGGAGAAAAUAUAUACAUCAGCAUUAGGGGCGCUGCUAGCUCUGGUGGAUCAGCUGAGAUUCUGUUCAGCGGGAAAGCUCAACCAGGGAGUACUGCAUCUGAUGUCAACAUCGAAGAGGUUAGAAUGGUGGUCGAUGAAGGUGUAGGAGGUUUUGGUUUCACUGCUUACAAUGAACUGGUCAACGGAAAAGCUGCCAUAAUUGGCUUUCUAUUGUUGAUAGAUUUUGAACUUUUAACUGGUAAAGGCCUUCUAAAGGGGACUGGUUUGUUGGACUUCAUCUAUGCAAUUUCAAGUGCUUUCAGCUCGUAAAGAUGUUUUCUGUUUAGUGUGCAGUGUUAUCAAGCAUUCUCUUUGUGCCAGCAUUGCUGCCCUGUUAGCAUACGGAGCUCAUUGCUUCCAGUUCCUGGCUUCAGAAAUCCCAUUUUCCUGCACUUGGCUGUAUCUCAGAUGAGAUCAUUGAGUGGUUUAUGUCAAAAGAAGAUGAGAAGAUUUUAGAUCUAGGUUUUUGCUUGUUUAAUUUUUGGAUUUAUUCACUCGAACCUGAAAGAAGUGGUUUAUUCACUUGAACACUUCUAACACUUCUUUCGGGAUCGAGUGAAUAACAAGAGAUUGCUGCUUGUUAUCAUGUAAGGAGUACAACAAUACUGUAUUAUUCCCGGUGUGAAGUUUAGUGGAGCAAUCUGCUAUUCUCCUCAAGCCAGUAAAUCUGGUUUGUCACUGCCA